CGUGGCAGGAGUUCUGUAUUGCCGCACAGCAGCAAAAGAGAGAGAAAAAUGGCGGAGCUCAGGAAAAUUAGUCCUGUGUGUUUGCCUUGCCGUCUCAGCUACACACGGAAAACCUCGUGUCACGGGAGGCUCUUCUUGAUUCUUUGUAUACUUUUAGUGGAUUCCGGGGGAGCUACGACUCAUUGGGUUGUCACCGAGGAUGGAAAAAUCCAACAACAAGUGGACUCUCCUUUAAAUCUGAAACAUCCGCAUGAUGUUGUAAUCUUCAUGAGGCAAGAGAUGCGGGUUAACUACCUCAAAAAGCUGGAGAAGCAGCUAGUAGCACAGAAGAUUCAUAUUGAGGAGAACGAAGAUCGAGACACGGGUUUGGAGCAGCGACACUAUAAAGAAGAUGUUGACUGUGUGAUGGCUAAGGUACCAUUGGGAGACCUGGAUCUUUAUGACGGCACUUAUGUCUCCCUGGAAAGUAAAGACAUCAGCGCUGAAGACUACGUUGACUCACGGUCUGCUCUGCCGCCAGAUCUAGAGAAGCCAGACUGUGCAAAUGUUUUUGAACUACCUUUUAGUAUCCAUGCUUUCCAGCAUCUCAGGGGUGUACAGGAGAGGGGGAACUUGACCUCUCCGCUUCUUUCUAAGGAUGAUCCUAUUUUUAGUUCCUUGUCUAAAAAGCUGGGCCACAGCGUAGACGAGGUGGGCCAUCGCAUCCAUCAGAGCCUGCUGAGGAACUCUUCUUCCUGGGUUCUGUACAACAUGGCGUCGUUUUACUGGCGUAUGAAGAACGAGCCUCAGAAGGCGCUGGACUGUGUCGUACGAGCUUUACAUUUCUCUCCCAGGCAGCACAAGGACGUAGCACUGAUCAACAUGGCCAACAUCCUGCACCGGGCCCAUUUCUCAGCAGAUGCUGCGAUUCUCGCUCACGCAGCGCUGGACCUUACCUCAGAUCUCUUCACCAGUCACUACACUUUGGGCAACAUUUACGCCAUGCUUGGGGAGUACAACCACUCGGUGCUGUGUUACGAGCAAGCCCUGCAGGCCCAGCCGGGCUUUGAGCAGGCCCUGAGGAGGAAACACGCCGUGCUCUGUCAGCAGAAACUGGAGCAGCGCCUAGAAGCCCAGCACAGGUCUCUGCAGCGGACGCUGAACGAGCUGAAGGAGUAUCAGAAGCAACACGACCACUACCUCCGCCAACAGGAGGCCCUGGAUAAACACAAGCUCCUGCAGGAAGAGCAAAUCCUACGCAACAUUAUUCACGAAACCCAGAUGGCCAAGGAAGCUCAGCUUGGGAACCAUCAGAUGUGUCUGCUGGGUCACCAGCAGCGCAGCCUCUACUGCCCCUUUGACCUGCCCGUGCGCUAUCACCGGGGCGACCUUUUUGAGCAUGUCCAGUUUGUCCAAUUUGGAGAGGAGGUGUCGGUAGCUUCCAGCCUGGCUCUGAUGUCGGAACGCAGCUCAAACCAGACAGCGACCAGCCCGGAGCUCCAUCCCUCUGUCUCUGGGGAUCAGGACCCUGCUGCUGCCCUCUGGAGCAACCAUCAGGACCACACACAGGACAUCCAGAAGAUACUAUGGCCUCAGAAGAGUGACUGUGCACAUGAGUACCCUCUUGUCCCCCCCGCUCAAAUGCUGCCAACCUUUUACCUGUCACCUGAAUCACAGGGCCUCAGCUCCGUGGCGACCCUCCUGUACGGUGACGGCAGUCCCUCCCAGGCUGUGAGUUUGCCAGACUGCGGCCCUGUCCCCCAGUCCCCCCCAGCCCUCCUGCCAGCCUCAUUGGAUUGGGCCCUUGAGGAAAAGGAACUACCAGAUCCCUAUGCUUCUGAGAUUUUGCGAUUGCGCAGUGGAGGAUUGACACUGGAGCAAAUAGGAAACAGAAUUGCCACCGCUAUUAAACAAGCCACCAUACCCCACUGGCAGGUCCACACUGAGGCAGCUCUGUUUUGGCAGGCAAAAGGCAACGGAAGCCAUGCCUUGCAAUGCCUGCGUCAAGUGUUGAGUACAGUUCCGCCUUCCCAACGCCACGUGCCCCUCACCAAUGCUGCUAACCUGCUGCUGCACCACAGCUUGACUACCCAUGCACAAAUGCUGCUGGAGCAUGCCAUGGCACUUAAUGCAUCAGAGCCUCACACCCUUCUCAGCCUCGUGAGCUUGCAUUUGGCCCAGAGCAACGUGACAGGUGCUCUGGCUUUGUUCCGCCACAUUCUGGAAGUGACCCUGUCCUCCCCUUCCUCCUCCUCAUUUGCUGACUGUGAACAAUGUCAAAGCAACCUGCCUUUGCUACGCUGUCUGCAGUUCUACCCGUCUCUUUACAAUCUCUCCCACAGACAGUCUUGCUCACACGGAGGCAUCUGUUUGGCUGAGGAAGAGCUUGGUAUACAGCUGGAGGAAUGGGAGGAGAGUGAGGAGAAACCGGAUUCAGCCUCCGUUUCUGCCAUGGAGGACACGCUGCUCUUUGAAAAGGUCAUCCUGGACAGUAAUGGCUCGGGCGAAGCGGCUGCCCAGCAGCAUCCGGAUGCCUCCUCCUCAGGAGCAGCAAAAAUGACCUCGUCCUUUGGAGACGGAGGAGUGGAAAAGGAGGAGGAUUGGCAGUUGAAGGAGGACUUGAUGGGAGCCUUUGAGGGAGCCCUGGAUGUAGGAGGGAAACAUGGGGACCUACGGGGUAUCCGGGUGCUUAAGAAUGACCGUGUGAUGGGUGCUCGAGCAGGAAGUGGGCCAUGUUUUGGAAACUGUGAGGAUGAUGAUGGAGCAGAAUGGAUCACCUUCCAAGUAAAGCGGGUCAGGAAAGCUAAGGUGGACGGGUCCGAUCAUGUUGCCGUCUCUGAAGACAGUCCGCCUGAGGAGUCACUAUCUGAGGGGAAUUCUGUCUUGGAGAUCAGUGGUCCUACUAUCCCAUCUCCAGGUCCUUCAGGUCGCUGGAGAGACUAUGCAAGUCUUGGAUGGCCUGGACCAGAGGAGUGCCAGCGGACCCGAAGGGUGGACCUCACCACUGUAGCGAGUACUUGGCUGGCUGUUUCUGCCAAGAAUAUUGACAUCACUGAGCAUAUAGACUUUGCCACUCCUCUCCAGGAGCCAGCUGCUGAACCUCUGUGCAGUGCCAACCUGGCUGCUAGCAUGCACACCCUCGACCACCUGGCAGGUGUAGCCAAUCGCGCCGCCAUUCACUACACUGGAGAGGGCCAACUGCGUGAGGUCCUGCAGAACCUCGGCAAAGAUAAAUUCUCCCCCCAGUCCUUUGAGCAAGUAGGCACUCGCAUUGCUAAAGUGCUGGAGAAGAACCAGACAUCCUGGGUGUUAUCCAGCAUGGCCGCCCUGUAUUGGAGAGUGAAAGGCCAAGGCAAGAGAGCCAUCGACUGCCUAAGGCAAGCCCUUAACUACGCCCCUCAUCACAUGAAGGACGUUCCCCUCAUCAGCCUGGCCAACAUCUUUCAGAACGCGAGGCUAUGGGAGGACGCCCUGACGGUUGCUCGUAUGGCGGUAGAGAUUGCCCCACAUUUCGUUGUGAACCACUUUACUCUGGCAAACGUCUAUAUCGCUAUGGAGGAGUUUGAAAAAGCCAUGCACUGGUAUGAGUCUACUCUGAAGCUCCAGCCAGAGUUUGCUCCUGCAAAAGAUCGACUGAGGACCAUUCAGUGUUAUCUUCUCACCAAACGGGAGCGCCGUCAGCCCUGAGCCACUCAGAAGAACCCAGCGAUCACCGAGUCACCGCUCAAACCCGUAGACGUUUGCACUCACUCAGAUAUGCUGUUAUGAAUCCUGCAGAUAAUUUGCAUAAAUUGAAAGUAUAAGAGAAUGAAAAUAUUGACAUAAGAGUCAGGAGAAUAAAUAUUCACUUUAAUUGGGUUCCUUUGUUCCCUUUGUGGUUUGACUCACUCCCAGGAAUUGGGUCUCAACUCCCAGAGUGUAAAUGUAGACAUUUUUGACCCCCAGCUGCAGGACCUGCUCUGCAGGAAUUAGGAAGUUAUGACAGUGUUUUGUUUUUGUUUGAAUUUCAGAUAUGUAAGUAAAAGUGUUGCUUUUGAGGUUCAGAUAAUUCUGAUUUUAACUUCAAUCUGGUAUAACUGGAAGCAUCGAAAUACAGAAAUAUCUUCUCAUUUUUCUCCAGUAACAUACAACCAUUUUAUAAGUAACUUAUUGAAAAUAUUACUGAAAAAGAAGAGUAUUAAGCAGUAUUUGCAGAAUGAUAAGGAUUUGGUUUGGAUUGAGUGAUUUUUGCCCUCAAUGUUUGUGAUUUUUAAAAUGAAUGGGAAAUCUUAAGUUUUUGCACUUUUUUCUAUUUUUUUUCUUUUUUUUUAUCAUUCCUAUUUAUAUUGGAUCUACAAACUGAUUUUGCUACAAGCUAAUAUAAACACGAAAUAAUACAAAUAAAUUGUGCUAUUACAUUUGCUUCUGAACAUAUGAAUACUCCUGAGACAUGAAUGGAUUCAUCAUUGCCAGUUUCUAAGUCAGAAUCUGUAUUAAAUGUACAGUAUUAAAGGCUGCGUGUGAA